GAGGGGAGGAGGAUCUAGGCCUCGGUGAAGGAGAGCGAGAGGACAGUGUACUGGUUCCAGCUUCUCUCACCCACCGCGAUGGCUCUGCCUCUGACGUCCUUGAGUCGGGGCUUGGCGAGUGCGGCGAAGGGAGAGCACGGAGGGGCAGGAGCCAGAACCUGGCGCCUCCUGACCUUCAUGCUGGCACUGCCGAGCGUGGCCCUCUGCACCCUCAACUCCUGGCUCCACUCGGGCCGCCACGAGCGCCCCAAGUUUAUCCCCUACCACCACCUCCGAAUCCGCACCAAGGUAUGCUGGCCUGAGACUGCUGCCCCCAGGGCGGGAGCGAGGGUCAGGGGGGCGAAGGGUGCCCGGAUGUUCCUGACAAUCCGCUCCCCCUCUCUUCACAGCCCUACUCCUGGGGAGACGGCAACCACACUCUUUUCCACAACCCCCGUGUCAACCCUCUGCCCACUGGCUACGAGCAGCCCUGAGGCCGAGGCAUAGGCCACCAGGCACAAUAAAGGUGUGGAAGCUGUG